AACCAUUGGGAUCACCUCGACCAUCAAUCGACUUGGGGUCGCCAUGGUGACAGAGCAGCAGCAGCACGAUGGGCAGUCGGCAUCGUACUACGCCGUGCUGGGCAUCGGCCGGGGCGCUUCCCUCGCCGAGGUCCGCAGCGCCUACCGGAAACUGGCCAUGAAAUGGCAUCCGGAUCGGAGAAGGGGGCAACCAUGGGGGGCGGAAGAGGCCAACCGCAGGUUCCAACAGAUCCAAGAGGCAUAUCAAGUGUUGUCGGAUGUGAAGCGGCGAAAAUUGUACGACGCUGGACUCUACAAUCCACUCCAGGAGGACGAGGAAGAAGUCGAGGGCUUCGAUGAUUUCGUUAAGGAAAUGGUGUCGCUUAUGGCCAGCGUGAGGAAAGAGGGAAAGCAAUACAGUCUGGAGGAGCUACAGCAGAUGCUGCUAGAGAUGGCCCAGGAUUUGGGCUCACCAUCUCAGCCUCGUUGGUCUGCUGACGGAGGGUGGUGUCCGAGGAAUUCAAACUGGUUUGCAGACGACAUGGAAAGGGAGUCCAGAAGAAAAACUCACUUGCACUUCACUAGCAUGGAGCUCUUUGGAAGCGCGACUUAUCAUUGAAACUGGACGCAUCCAUCGGCUUCAACAACAGCGAUCGCUUGUUUGUUUGGAGAACAUAGACUUCUCGUGUGGAUGUGAACUCGAGAGGUGUCCUCUCAGAGGAUUCGAUGUUGUGUCAGCGAUUGAAUGCUGAGUGCUGCCAUUGUACACUCGUUUGUGGUUUGUGAAGAACUAAUGGCAGGAAGAGAUUUCAUCUCCAA